AAAGGAACGAGAUCGAUUGUUUUUUUGCCCUUCAUUCCUUUUUCCUUGAGCAAAAUAUGAAGAGUUUUCAAUUUGCUAUUGUCACCGUUACAACUUCUCUUGUGUUAUUAAAAAGGGCUGCUUGCGAAUUUGAUCCUAAAUCUCAUAAUAAUGUUAUCCAUUAUUGGGGUCAAAAUUCAGCUAGUAUGGCCGGUAAUGAUCCAGACCAUACAUUAUGGCAAAAGCCUUUAGCAGAGUAUUGCGAUAGAGAAGAAUUAGAUAUGAUGGUUAUCUCCUUUUUACAUAAAUUUGGCGAGGGAAGAUUGACAUCUUUUGAUAUUGCCAAUAGUGGUAAAGAUUGUGCAGGUUUCUUUCCAGGAACGGAAUUACUAAAUUGUCCUCAAAUGGAGAGCGAUAUAAAGUAUUGUCAAGGGAAAGGCAAAAAGAUACUUCUUUCCUUAGGUGGCGCAACUCCUGAAUAUGGCCUAGACUCAAUUGAAAGCGGUCAGAGUUUUGCUGACGAGCUUUGGAAUACGUUUGGUGCAGGCCAACAUGAACACAGACCUUUUGGUAAUGCAGUUGUAGAUGGGUUCGAUCUUGACAUAGAAAAUGGUGCCAAGGCAGGCUAUCCUGCAUUCAUCAAUCGAAUGCGUGAACAUUACAGUAAAGACACAUCAAAGCAGUAUUUCAUCGCUGGUGCGCCUCAAUGUCCCUAUCCAGAUUAUUAUCUAGGCGAGGCCUUGGACAACGCAUGGUUCGAUUUUGUCAUGAUUCAAUUUUACAAUAAUUAUUGUAAUGUCAUCAAUGGUCCUCAAUUCAACUACAACACUUGGGACGAAUGGGCAAGGACAAAGUCGAUAAACAAAGAUAUUCGUCUCUUUGUUGGUAUCCCCGGAAGCCCUUCAGCAGCAGGAAGAGGCUACGUACCAUAUGAACAGCUUGUGAGCACGAUCAAACCUUUGCAGCAGUUGAUGACAUUUGGUGGAAUUAUGGUGUGGGACGUAUCUCAAGCCUAUGGUAACACGAUAGAUGUUUUGCCCAGUUAUGCACAUGGCAUAGCACAACUAAUUCAUAGUAGCAAUAAUACAUUAGAAACAGUAUUGGCACCUGAGAGCACUACCAUAGCAACAUUGAACACCGUGUCACAGUCGCCUGCUACCACUGCCGUCGUGAUGACUACUACUGUAUCACCAGCAGAAACUAUCUCACCAGAAACGAAUACGGUCGAUACGGUGACAAGUAGACCUAAUGAGAUUCGACAUGGAAAACCAUGCUUAGAAAAUGGAAUUCUUAAAUGUAGUGGGGAAUCAAGCUAUGGCCAAUGUACUAAUGGUUACUGGGUCGUGCGUAACUGUCCGGUAGUCACGGUUUGUAAAGAGAACAAUAACUCGAUUUUCUGUGGAUUUCCUUAAAUAUAAAAUUCGAGCAAAAAAGGGAAAGAGCAGGUUUUAAUU